AUGUCGUCGCUCACCUCCCUGUUCAGCAGAGGUCUCCUGGGUGCCAGAUGGUGCGUUUGGUCGAUCACCGUCCUCCUGCUUUCCUCGCCAUCUCUUUUGAAUUCCGAUCCCCAUCUUCGAGGCGUUUUCCGCCGCCUCGCUUAUAGAUUGUUCUGGGACUCUCGCUGAGGAGAAGAUUUCAUGGAACAAUCUGAGGUGCAAAAGGUGUUUGGUUUCCUUUUUCCGUAGCUUGUUUACUACUCCGUGGGGAGUGAUAUUGCGGGCCGAGCGGAGAUCUGAUCGUUGGUUGAGAAAAUCUUUGUGUAUUUCCUUGAACUCUCACUGAUCGAAAGGUCGAAGCCGAGUAACUGUAUGCCUCCCUGAAACAGCCAUUGGGUUUCUUUAUUCGUCAUUUAGUUGCGAUUAACAGGUGCAACUUCAGGUGGAUCAUGAUGCUAUCUCUGUGAAAUCUCUCUCUCUCGCUCUCUCUCUCUCUCUCUCUCUCCGAAAGGGUUAAACUUCCAAGAAUUUUAUAAUCCUCACUGUAACUAAUUUCAUAAUACCUUUUUUUUAUUUGAAUUGAACUUCUACUUCUACUGCCGGGGACGACCGUGGUUUAUCAGAUUUCCUGGCUUAGCAUGAUUCUUAUAUUUUUUAGUAAAUUAAAGUAUAAAUUUUCCUAUGACAAAGAUGGCAUAGGAUUGAUUGAAUCUUUUCCGGUGCUUGGUUUCCCUAAUGUGGGUGAUGCUUCCACAAAGAGGGUUCGUAAUAAUGGCUGCAACCCGGUCAUCUUUUCGAUCUUUGCUUGUUCUGCAGCAAGACUUGCUUGAACCUCGCCAUUUCGCGCAUCAAAUUGUUGCACAACAAGCGGGAGGUCCAGCUGAAGCAAAUGAGGAAGGAGAUUGCUCAAUACCUUCAAAGCGGCCAGGAGUCCAUUUCUCGUAUUAGGGUAUGCAGAGAACUGACGAUCUUCUCUUGUUAAUUCUCUCUCUAUGGUUUCACAAGAUUGAUAUCACCACCGUCAUCAUCUUCAUCAUUUAUAUGCUUUUUCUUAGGUGGAGCAUGUCAUUCGUGAAGAGAACGUAUCAGCUGCCUAUGAGGUAUUAGAACUAUUCUGUGAGUUUGUGCUCGCUCGAGUGCCUAUCCUCGAAGCCCAAAGGUGAAUUUCCCUUUCUGGAAUUCUUUCUUUGACUUCUUCCCAUGCUGCACUGAUUCUUUUGUCCAACAUUUUUUUCUGUUUCAACCAUCUCCUAUUCAUUGAUGAGGAUGCUAGGUUUGACCUUGACAUAGUGUAAUUCUGUCUGAAGGGAUGACAAUAGUGUUAAUGCAAGGGGAUUCGAAUUGAGAUUUAUUCUACAUAUAAGAAAAGUGUUCAGUAAAUGAUUUAGCUGAAUUUUUUCUUUGUUAUUUUUUUUCAAGGAAAAUAUUCCAAUUUUGUUUUGUUCAUUUGUUUUUUUAAAUUAUCUUGUGAAAUGUUUAAGAAGCUGUAAAUCUUUUGAGAUAUAUUUACUCACCUCCCUCGCAUCUGUCACCAUGCAGCCUCCAUUUCCAGGCUUCAUGGUGGCUGUGAAUGGUUUGAGAGAACUGGCUUUGAAGAACCAUGAAGCCCUGUUCAUGGGCAUUGCAAGGAUCUGAGAUCUUGUUGAUCUCUUCUGAAAAUGAGUCUGAUGAGUAGAACAUCUGGAUAAAACUAUUGAAAUCACCUCAAAAGUCAACCAACAGCUACUCAUGGGAUAAAUCACGUAGCCAACUUAUGUAGGAGAUAAGGCGCCAUAGGAGAGUCAAUUGGCUGAAAGUGUUAGAGUUGUUCCUCAUCUCGAAUUCCUUGUUUCCCACCCUGCUCAUUAAAAUUAAUCACAGGCAUAAAGUUAAUGAUGAGAUGUUCUGACAGGCGGUCUUGGACAUGGAAAGUUAUAUGCAGGGUAAGGAUAAGUGUUUACUUCUCCGCAGGCUUAGAAAAAGGGGUGGGGGGGUGCAAGAUUUCGACAUUCUCAGCAAAUUAGUCUGAAGAUUGAUUUGUAUAAAAUCUGAAUCCCUAUCUAUUAUCUGUGGUUAUCUUACUUCUCUUCUGUUCAUUGUUACCCUCAUUACUUCUGUUCUAGUUGUGACAUCCUGUUAUACGAACAAUCAAUUUGUGUAACGGUUGUAUUCAGCCAUAAUUAUCAAUCGAUGUAGGGUUUUUUAAUGAAAUUAGAAUUCGUCCAUUUUCUUCCAAGUUUUCAACUAAUUGUGAAAGCAUGAAAUAAGUAUUUAAAAAAUCGCACAAAAGAUUAUGACUUUAGAAUUCGUACAUCUCUGGUAGAUUCUUUUUUUUAGAAAAAAUAUUUGUGGGAACUAUGAAUUGACCAGGCGGCUCAUGCAAUGCAGGGACUUGUAUGUGAUAUCUCUUCUUUAUUUAGAAACAUAUGCUCCAGACUUUUGUGAACUCCACUUUGUUCACAUAAGUUUCAUGCCAUAUGAUAUAUAUUUAUAGCUUUUUUCUUAUGUAUUUAGCAUUAUAAUGCUCUUCUAGCUAUUCAUACUUGGAUAUCUUAUCCAUGUAACAGAGAUUGCCCCUCGGAAUUGCAGGAGGCCAUCGCCAGCAUCAUCUAUGCUGCCCCGAGGUGUUCAGACCUGCCUGAGCUGAUGCAGGUCAGGAACCUGUUCACGACAAAAUAUGGCAAGGAGUUUUCGGCUGCUGCUGCUGAGCUCCGGCCGGACUCAAAUGUCAAUCGGAUGGUAGAGUCAAAGAUAGUCUAUCACUUAUUACUUAUUAUGGAAAUUACGGGUUGCAAAAAGGUGACGGGCUGGGGAACUUUCCACAGAUAAUUGAGAAGCUCUCCGUCAGGGCUCCCCCUGCUGAAGUGAAGCUCCGGGCUCUGAGGGGGAUCGCACAGGAGUUUGGUGUGGAGUGGGACGCCUCCAGCACUGAGAUUGAAUUCAGCAAGAAGCACGAAGACCUCCUGGUGUGGAACCUCAACAACUCCCUCACGCUAUAUUUUCUCUUAUUCUUUUUUUUUAUAAUUUUUCAAUAAUUUUUUAUUUCCCCCCUAGAGCCACAUUAUAUCAUUAUGGUACCCAAUAUUUUUUCUGUGUUUCUCAUAGCCUGGAGGCGGGAUGGAAUCUUACUAUACUUGGCUGAUAUCUGCAGGAGGGAUUGAAUUCUUCUGCCAUACCCACUGCAUCUACAGUGAUCAUCACACAAAGCAUGCCUCCUGCCUCACCCCAGGAUGGGCUGCCCAUCACACCGAUGGUUCAGAGUCAGCCCCAUCUGCCUGUUCCCGCGGUCUCAAAUCCAGCUCCUGCUGUAGUCAGCAAGAUUUUAUCGGUGGGGCCUGAGAAGAUUGAGCUCCCCCCGGUUGACUCCUCUCUCAGUGAAGGGCCACGGGGCGCGUCAGAUGCCUUGGAGAGGGCUCGGGCGGCGAUGGCUUUAGCCGAACGGGCAUCAGCAGCCGCCCGCACUGCCGCUGCACGUAUAAAUGCUGGAGUUCAUCGGCAAGCUGGAAAUGGUAAACAGUCUGGAUAA